UCUCUCUCUUUAGCUCCUCUUUUUCUCCUUCGAAUCUCUCUCUCUCUCUCUCUCUCUCUCUCUCUCGCGUUCUCCCCCUUGUACUGAUAUAUCUCUUUCUAUAUAUAUAUAGUCACUCCGACAGAUACAUAGGCUGCAAAUGGAUGGUCUGCCCUCUGGCUAUCGCCCCAACGUUGGCGUUUGUCUUAUCAACUCUGAUAAUCAGAUUUUUGUGGCUUCUAGAUUGAACGUUCCCGGAGCGUGGCAGAUGCCACAGGGGGGUAUCGAGGAUAAUGAGGAGCCUAGAUCUGCAGCCAUCAGGGAAUUGCGAGAAGAAACUGGGAUAGUGUCUGCUGAAAUUAUUGCUGAGGUACCAAAUUGGUUGACUUAUGACUUUCCACCUGCUGUGAAGGCCAAAGUGAAUCGUCUGUGGGGAGGUGAAUGGCAUGGGCAGGCACAGAAGUGGUUUCUUAUGAAAUUGACAAAAGAUGAGAGUGAGAUUAACCUGGCAAAUGGAGAAGCAGACCCAGAAUUUGCAGAAUGGAAAUGGGCAAGCCCUGAAGAAGUUGUUGAGCAGGCAGUGGACUACAAGAGGCCAACCUAUGAGGAAGUUGUGAGAACCUUCAGGCCUUACUUCAAUGAGAAGGGAAUUACGAGUAAAUGUAAAUCAUCAAAGUGGUGAAUGGGUGUGGGUGUGCUUUUGUAGGUUUCUCCUUGUUUCUUAUAGUAAUGAAUCUGGGCUUAUUACAACUUUUUCUGUAAAUGGAUGUGGCAGUUGGAAUUUCAAUUUAGAUGGUAGUUGCUUAAUUGUAAUAAAAAUACGUGCAAUCAUAUAUAUUUCAUGGUUUUGUGCAA